ACACGCUGAUCGAUGCACAGAAAAAGUUGAAACACGCAAAACUCGGCCACGUGACCCGGCCGUGUGCACCAGAGAUCCACGAUCCACCUCAUCUCUGGCGAACACUCUCUUAGCUUAUUUCUUCUGUAAUGUAUAUGUACACGCACAUAUACGUGCAUAUAAACAUGAUUCAUUGUAAGAUUCAUGCGUUGACCUUUUAUCAAGCCUUCGCGGAUUUAUAAAGAUUCAUUUCAUUCAUUCCCAUCUUGUAAAUUCGAGUAAUUAUAAAAUUCGUCGAAACCCGCAUAAAAAAAACAGUGUAACGGUGUUUGUACAUGUAAAACGCACACAUCUCCGUUUACUGUCACCUGCUGUCAUUCUUGGGAGUAACCUCGACGAAUUAUUCGUUAUUAAACUCCUACGUGAGAUUAUGUGAGAUUAUUGCAUUAAUUCUUUUGAUACGUAACAAGAAAAAUGUUUUCGAGCGGACCGAAUUACACGAAACUGAAGACGCAUCUGCGUCUGGCGAUAAAUCGGCUGAAAUUACUGGAGAAAAAAAAGACCGAACUGGCUCAGAAAGCCCGGAAAGAAAUAGCCGAUUACAUUGUCGCGGGUAAGAUUGAAAGAGCAAAAAUACGGGUCGAACACAUCAUCAGGGAAGAUUACAUGGUCGAGGCGAUGGAACUGAUAGAAAUGUAUUGCGAUCUCCUUCUCGCGCGUUUCGGAUUGAUUCAACAAAUGAAAACAUUGGACGAAGGACUGGCAGAAGCUAUUUCUACGAUAAUUUGGGUUGCUCCUAGGAUGCAGACCGAUGUUCAGGAAAUGAAAGUAAUAGCUGACAUUUUGUCAUCAAAGUACGGUAAACAGUAUACGGACGCUUGUAGAGAAGAAGCUGUACAGACGAUAUCAGAAAAAUUGAAGCACAAGAUGAGUGUUCAAUCACCUUCCAAGCUUCUCGUGGAGAAAUAUCUCAUAGAGAUUGCAAAGAAUUAUAACGUUGAGUACGAGCCAGAUCCACAGGUGAUGGCAGAAGGCAGUGGUCAAGAUGCUCUGCUGAUAGAUGUUGGAAAUAGUGGAGAAAGAAAUAAUUUGGACACGGCUUGUGGAGGCUUUCCUCAGCCAGCAGGAUUUAUCGGUUUCCCUCAGCCUCCGCUAUUACCAAAUCCAGCGACUAAUUUUAUUAAUUCAGAAAAGGGACCCAUGGGAUUUGUAGCACCUUCGGGACCUCCCGAAGAUAAAGAUCAAAAUUUUCCCUACAAUCCUGUGUCGUACAACAUUCCCUUGGACAACUCGAACGGAAAUAAACCCGAAAAUGAUUUACCGCCGCCGUAUGGUUCAUUUCCACCUGAUUUAAAUAAAGAGUCUGACCAGAAACCGAAACCGCAACCGCGAUCGAAAAUGCCGAUGAAUGAUUUUCAGCUUCCAGAUUUGCCAGCCGUGCCGUCCGAGAAUGAUUUACCGUCGAAUAAUCCGUCUACCAGCGAAGAUGUCGACUUUGAUGAUUUAAUGAAGCGUUUCGAGGACUUGAAAAAGAGAAAAUAGCUUCUCGUCCUCGAGAAAACUCGUUGCACACAAGCGUAUUUUAACAUCGAUUACGGUUGGAUCCUCCAAACGGACAUUGAAAAAUAACUUUGAGCAUGGUAAUCGAGAAGCUUGUAUUAUACAAGGAAUUCUAUGUAUAAAAAAACAAAUGUAAAAUAGCAAUCCACAACGGUUAGUGUCUACAGAGAUUGUGAUAAAAAGUUCGCAAGCUUAUUUUUAAAUGCUUUUAUUGUUUUGUAUGCAUAAAUAAAUAUACAUACAAUAUUAUUAUCGUA